ACCAUCAGCAAAAGUUAUGCACUGCACCUUUACAGACACAACACAUGAGCAGAAACAGAAGGAGAGGUGGAAAGGAGUAAAAGGGAGGUGUGUGUCAAAGUGAGUGUAUCAAAAUAAAAGCACAACAUUAAAUCACUUUGGGCGAGGGAAAUAUGACACAGUGUUAUUCUUGCAGAGCUCCAGUGCAAGGGCUAUUGAGAGGUAAAGACCGAGAAUAUGAGUUGAGCCAGAAGGUCUAAAAAGUCUUUGUUGUUUUUCAGCACGUUGAUCCUGGGUGGGAUCUAACCUCCCUGUGCUGUUUUGUUUUGUGCGACGGUGUAGGUCUGCGGCAAGAGAAUGAAGUUUGAGGCUCAAUCCACAACUCCCCAGGGCCUGUCUCCCCGCCGCAGUAUUUUCUGGAUCUGGCACUACAUGAACUGGUGACAGUGUCAUCUGUGUCACAUCCGUAAUUCAUGACCAUUUCUGUACAUUUAAACAACAAAAGUGGGCGGAGUUGAGGGACAGAGGGAACCGUGUUAAUCUGGAUUAAUCACCAUUAUACGGCAAGCCCCACCCAGUGAGGUCUGCUUCCAAUCAUCCACACGUAGACCUACUGUGCUGCUUCGUGCGCGUACACAUGGCGCUCGACACGUUCCGCUGACUUCCAGCAGCUCAUUUAUUAACAUUAUCAGCAAUUGCCCAGUGCAUUGCGAGUCAAGUGACGCAGACUGGAGGCAGCGCAUAGGGUCAAUCACAGUGCAACACAGCUGAAUUAUUAUUAUUCCUCUCUCUGAGCCCAUAUGACCAGGCUGCUGAAUACAGAUGUAGUAGCCAAAGUAGUCCAGCCUCAGACGCCACUUCUCACUGUUCAGCCGUUUCCGUUACCGACCUGGCUCCUGUCACCACUCCCACCUGCUGGCUCUGUAUUGGUACUUUGCUCCAGGACCACAUAGCCCACGCUCUCUGGCUUCAGUCCCUUUCUACAGACCAACACCAUUCACCUGCUAAAUCAUUGUUGAUCUGGAUCAGUACUUCAGUUAUCAUCAAUCUAAUCUGCCUGCCAUCUGUGUUUAUUUGGGUUCACCAUCUACUGACUGCAAGUUAAGGACUAAUCCAGGAGCUCCACUGGUUGCAAUGUCUCAAGACAUGGGCUCUGCCUUCAUCCAGGCACAGCAGCUAAAUGCUGCCAUGGCUGACACCUUCCUAGAACACAUGUGUCUACUGGACAUCAACUCUGAGCCCACCACUGCACGCAACACUGGCAUCAUCUGUACUAUUGGACCAGCCUCCCGCUCUGUGGAAAUGCUGAAGGAGAUGAUCAAGUCUGGAAUGAACAUUGCUCGCUUGAACUUCUCACACGGCACGCAUGAGUACCAUGCACAGACCAUCAAGAAUGUCCGUGAGGCGUGUGAGAGCUUUGAGCCCGGAAGUAUCCAGUACAGGCCUAUUUGCAUCGCUCUGGACACUAAAGGCCCAGAGAUCAGGACUGGCCUCAUCAAAGGAAGUGGCACUGCUGAGGUGGAGCUGAAGAAAGGCAAGAUGAUCAAGAUUACUUUGGAUGAUGACAACAAGGAAAACUGCAGUGAUGAGAUCCUCUGGAUUGACUACAAGAAUAUAACCCAAGUGGUGGAAGUUGGCAGCAAAAUCUUCAUUGAUGAUGGCCUCAUGUCCCUACAGGUUAAGGAGAUUGGCUCUGAUUUCCUCAUGUGUGAGAUUGAGAAUGGUGGCACCUUGGGCAGUAAGAAGGGAGUAAACCUCCCUGGUACUGCUGUGGACCUGCCUGCGGUUUCAGACAAGGACAUCAUGGAUCUGCAGUUUGGUGUGGAGCAGGGAGUCGACAUGAUCUUUGCCUCCUUCAUCCGCAAAGCAGAAGAUGUACAUGCUGUCAGGGCAGUGUUGGGAGAGAGAGGCAAAGACAUUAAGAUCAUCAGCAAGGUGGAGAACCACGAGGGUGUGUGCAGAUUUAAUGAGAUCAUGGAGGCCAGCGAUGGCAUCAUGGUUGCUCGUGGUGACUUAGGUGUUGAGAUCCCCACAGAAAAGGUCUUCCUAGCCCAAAAGAUGAUGAUUGGUCGCUGCAACAAAGCUGGAAAGCCGAUUACAUGUGCCACUCAGAUGUUGGAGAGCAUGAUCAAGAAGCCCAGGCCGACCCGUGCUGAGGGCAGUGAUGUAGCCAAUGCUGUUUUGGAUGGGGCCGACUGCAUCAUGCUGAGCGGGGAGACCGCCAAGGGAGACUACCCUCUGGAGGCAGUGCGCACACAGCAUGUGAUAGCACGAGAGGCAGAGGCAGCCAUCUUCCACAGACAGCUGUUUGAGGAGCUGAGGAGACACUCCCAAAUAACCAAAGACCCUACAGAGGCUGUAGCUGUCGGAGCCGUAGAGUCAUCCUUCAAAUGCUGCGCUAGCGCCAUCAUUGUUCUCACCGAGACUGGGAGGUCUGCCCACCUGGUCUCAAGGUACAGACCCCGUGCCCCCAUCAUCGCUGUGACCCGUAAUGCCUGCACAGCCCGUCAAGCUCACCUGUAUCGUGGCAUCUUCCCUGUCCUGUACACUAAUCCCACCCAUGAAGUGUGGGCAGAGGACGUAGACAUGCGUGUCAACUUUGCCAUUGAUGUGGGCAAAGCCCGUGGCUUCUUGAAAGAGGAAAAUGUCGUCGUCGUCUUGACUGGGUGGUGCCCAGGCUCGGGUCACACCAACACGAUGCGUGUGGUUCCAGUCAUCUAAAUAACCAAUGGAACUGAGUAUAAUCUUCACUAUAAUUCCACUUAGGGAUUUGUUGAUAUAUCGUUUACUUUCGUGCAAUGUGUUAAUCAAUAUGGGGCAAAUGUUGAUAAUUUAAUAAAUUAAGCCAC